AUGUUCCGUAAUCAAUAUGAUUCUGAUAAUAUUACAUGGAGUCCUCAAGGAAGGUUAUUCCAAAUUGAAUAUGCAACAGAAGCUGUUAAACAAGGUUCUGCUGUUGUUGGUGUCAAAUCAAAAACACAUGCUGUUGUUGCAACAUUUAAUAGACAAACUGAUGAGUUAGGUGCAUACCAAAAGAAAAUAUUUGAAAUUGAUGACCAUAUUGGAGUUGCAAUUAGUGGAUUUUGUGCUGAUGCACGAGUAAUUACAAGUCAAAUGAGAAGUGAGUGUAUUGAUUAUUCGUAUGUAUAUGGAACACCACAUCCAGUAGAAAAACUUGUUAAACACGUUUCUGAUAAUGCACAAGUUAAUACUCAAAAGUAUGGAUUAAGACCAUAUGGAGUUGGUUUAUUGGUUAUAGGAUAUGACACUAAACCUCGAUUAUUUGAAACAUCACCAAGUGGGCUUUAUUAUAGUUAUAAAGCACAAGCUAUUGGAGCACGAUCACAAUCAUGCAGAACAUAUCUUGAAAAACAUUUUGAAUCAUUUAAAGAGUUAGAUGAAGAACAAUUAAUCAAACAAGCUAUUUUAGCAUUAAGAGAAUCAUUAACAACUACUAAUGAUAAACUUUCUGUUUUAAAUUGUAGUGUAGCAAUUGUUGGAAAAGAUACUCCAUUUAGAUUUAUUACAGACAAAGAACUUCAAAACCAAUUAGAUAAUUUAGAUACUCAACAAAUGGAAAUGGUACAAGCUGAAGUUGAUUAA